AUGAUCUGGCAAACAACAGCUAAUGAAUUAAAAAUGAAAGAAUAUGAAGAAAUUCUUCGUAAACGUAUCUAUUUACAACGAUUACCAAGUCGAAUUGAUAAAAUUAUUAAUCCAACUAUUGAUCCCAUUCAACUUUUACUUGCCAAUCCUAUGUUGAAUAAAGAUCGACGUGUAAGUGGAAUAUCAAAUUGUUCAAAAACAAUUCUACAAUAUGAAUUUGAUUUAAUGACUAUUAAUCUUGAUACAAUGCAAAACAUAAGACAUGGUCAUGAAGAAUUACGUCUUGAUUUACAAAAUAAAUUAUCUCAAUCUAAUUGGACUGAAUUAAUUAAACAAUCUAUUGAAAAUCGUCGACAAGCAAUGAUAGAACGGCUUGAAACUUAUCUUAAACAUAAAUUGAAUACUUUUUUCGACGCAGCUCCGAUGGCAUCGAAACCCUCACCCUCACCCUCACCCGCAGCAACAAUAUCGCCAUCGGAGCAAUACUUUUAUUUAUAA